CAGCCAACAAAAAAUUCACAACUCAUCACGUCGGCCAGUCGUGGAAUUUGUUUCCUUUUGCUAGCUACCCCUGAAGGAGGGGGGGGCCCCGCCGCGCGCAGACGCUGGCGAUGUUCCUGCAUUCUUGGCCCCUCUUGGGGACCCCACUGUUUGUUUCCAAGAAUGGAACCUCAGCAACGGCCUCGAGGGCCCCCCCUGGGCUUACCGCUCCACUCAAGGUCUUUUCCCCGGUAACACUCGAGCGCUUUUCGAGAAACGAAUGACACCCUCCCGUCGAGCACAGGUCAUGGGGUGAUUAUUAGGGGUUCACGAUACGAGGGCCGAGCCAUUGGGGGUCGAAGUGCGUAAUGGCACGCAAGAAGAAACUGCUUGUUGGUAGACGAUGGGUAGUGGUGGUUCAAUCAACAGGUGAAGUUGGCCAAUGAGAAGAGGAGGAACUUGUCCCCUAUCCAAACUGACCAUCGCAACUCCACGGCGUCGAGACAGAGAUGGAGCCGCCGGCCGUGUUGGCGAGACCGCAACGUCCCGCAGGGGAUCCCUUCUCAACAGGUCCCAAAGGGGAAUAAACAUCUCUUGGUCAGCGCUGCCGAAACGACGGGCGGGCCCGGUGACAACACUGCCCAGGCUCCCGGUGAUGGAGGUGAUGGGGGUAGGUGUGCAUGAUGAUGGAGUCCGAUCCCAUGCCUUGCCUGCUGAGCCUCGCAGUCUCCGUGCCUCCCCGGCACACGGGGCGGCCAGCCUUUCGCCCCUAUAAGCCGUGUGAUGCCACCACGAGCACCCUUUACGUCCCUUUCCUGUGCUUGAUGCUUCUCUCCAGCCAAGCUAUCCAAGCUGCCUCUUAGCAACACCAGAGCAUUCUUGCUCGUCCUCUGACGUAUCGCACGUCCAACAUUCGUUACUAGUAUCAUCAUACCACCGACAUUCUUUAUUUGCUUCACAGAGGAGAAACACCAUGGCUCCAUCAUUCUCUAAGCUGGGCGCUUUUGCCCUGGCUCUUGCCUCUGGCGUCACUGCCACCCAGAAGUACGUCCUCUCCGAGGAGUACACACCAUCCAACCUUUUCGAGAACUUCGAGUUCAUGGAGUUCAAGGGGUACGACGAAGACCCCAACAGGGGACAUGUACGGUAUCAAAGCCAGGCCGACGCCCUCCAGCUUGGUCUCAUCGAUCCCGUCAACACCGACGAUGUCUUCAUCGGUGUCGACUACACCAAGCGGGCCGAACUUGGCCGUGAGAGUGUCAGAAUCGAGAGUUUGAACUCGUACAGCAAGGGUCUCUUCAUCGCCGAGUUUACUCACUUACCCAAAGCCGUUUGCGGUGCCUGGCCAGCUUUCUGGCUGACUGGUGAGCAGUGGCCCACGCAUGGCGAGAUUGAUAUCUAUGAGGGAUGGAACUUGAACCCGCAGAACAAGGUCGUUGGCCAUACCGAGGUGAAGACCGCUGGUGUGUGCAAGAUUGACACUGAUGUCAGCUCUGGCUUCGUCCAUUACCCUGACUGCGAUGUCGCGGCCAAGGGCCAGCCCACCAACGCUGGUUGCGCACUUGAUGAGGGUAACAAUCUCUUUGGUAACCCCAACGGUGGUAUCUGGGCCACCGAAUGGACUGAGACUACCUUCAAGGUCUGGAGCUGGGCUCGCGGCGCCGAGCCCCGGGAUGUCACCAGUGGAUCGCCCGAUCCUCUGAGCUGGGGGCCCCCUAGCUUCGCUCUUACUCCCAAGAGCUGCGAUGUCAGAAGUGCCUUCAAGGAUAUGCGCAUGGUCCUCAACAUCAACUUCUGCGGUGAUGCGGCUGGUAACACCUGGAACAUUGGUGGCAGGGACUCUUGCGCUGCCAAGACUGGCUAUGCUGAGUGCUACGAGUACGUCAGGGAGCACGGCGCUGACUUUGAAGACGUUUUCUGGAAGGUCAAGGGCAUCAGCGUCUACCAGCUUGAGGAUGCCGCUACCUCUACCAGCACCACUGUUUCCAGCACCACCAGCACCACCGAGACUGUGACCUCUGCUGAGCCUACCGUGACCGAGACUGCCUCUGAGACUGUAUCCGAGGAGCCUACUUCCACCAUCACCUCCGACUCUGAGGAGCCCACCGCUACCGAGACGGCUACUGAGACUGCCACCGAGUCUGCCGCCGAGUCUGCUACCGAGACUGCCUCCGAGACUGUUACUGAGACCACCUCCGAGUCUGCCACCGAGACUGUGGAGGUUACCACUACCAGCGAGACCGCCACCACCACUGACGGCCCUGAGCCAACCCUGACCACCGAGGCCCCCGAGACCACCACCACCGCCAGCCCCGGUGAUGAGGAUGAGGAUGACGUCUGCUCGGAUGACGAGGAGGAGACAACCACCACCGAUAUUGCUACUGCUACUGAGACCGAGACCGUCGAGCAACCUACCGAGACCGCUGAGCCUACUGGCGAGCCCACCGAGACUGCUGAGCCUUCCGCUGAGCCCACUGAUGCUGAGACCACUGGCAUUGACCCUACCGAGACUGCCGUCCCCACCCAGACCGGUUCCGACGAGGUCACCACCACUGCCCAGGAGUUCACCACCUCGACCAUCUUCGCCACCGAAACCUUCACUGUUACCUCGUGCGCUCCCAGCGUCACCUCUUGCCCCGGUCGCGUCGUGACCUCCGUUGUCGCCAUCGGCACCACCGUCUGCCCCGUCACUCCCACCGUCACCGCCACCCCUGAGCCUACCGAGACCGCCACUCUCCCUGACGGCUGGACCACCUCCACCGUCUACGCCACCGAGGUCAUCACCGUCUCUUCCUGCCCUCCCACCGUUGUCGACUGCCCCAGCCGCGUCGUGACUUCCAUCGUUGCCGUUGGCACCACCGUCUGCCCUAUUGGUAGCGCCACCGUUCCUGGCGAGGGUGUCCCCACUGACGGCAUCCCCGUCGAGGGUGUCCCUACUGAUGUCCCUACCGGCGGUGUUCCCACCGGUGGCAUCCCCAACAUCGACACCACCCUCACCACCCUCCUCACCUCGACCGGCACCAGGACCGUCACUCUCACCGGCGGUGUCGAGCAGUCCACCAGCGUUCCCCCCGUUGUCGUCCCCGUCCCCACCGGCGGUGCCCCCAUCAACAGCGGAAACAACGGCACUUUUGUGCCCCAGCCCCCCACCAAGCCUGCGUAUACCUACUCUCCUGAGGUUACGCUCCCUUUGGUGCCCAUCAACGAGCAGACUCCCGCUCCUGGGCCUACCAAGCUCCCGAUUGUUGAGGUGAACGGUGCGGGCAGGAUGGCUGUUGGUGGGUUGAUGGGUGUGGUUGCUGCUUUGGCGCUUGUGCUUUAA